AUGCCAGCAGAACUCUGCCCGCCAUAUGCGCCAUUUUUCGGCUUUGCAGGUGUCGCUUCAGCUGUAACGCUUGGUGCUGCCUUCGGAACGGCAAAGGCUGGAAUUGCUAUUGCAGGCCUGGGGACGUUCAAACCUGAACUGAUUAUGAAGUCUCUUGUGCCUGUGGUAAUGGCAGGAAUCAUUGCGGUGUAUGGACUAGUGGUAUCGGUUCUCAUCGCAGGAAAUUUGAACCCAUCGAAAGACUAUCCCCUGGCUGCAGGCUUCAUUCAUCUGGGAGCGGGCAUUUCCUGUGGAAUGACUGGCAUUGCUGCGGGCUAUGCUAUUGGCCUCGUCGGAGAUUCGUGCGUGCGGGCAUAUGUUCACGAGCAACGAAUAUUUGUGUCUAUGAUCCUCAUCCUGAUCUUUGCGGAGGUCCUGGGGCUUUACGGCCUCAUCGUUGCAUUGUUGAUGAACACGAGGGUCACUGGUCUCGUGGGCGUUUGUGAUUAA